AUGCCGGCGUGCCGCAAGCUCUUUGCUAUACCAUCUUGUUCUCCGCUGUGGACUUCACUGUCCUCCCUCUCCCAUACCUCCUGCUUCCCCGUGCCUUCUUCCACCCAAACACGUCUCCUUAGCUGCCCUCCCCCGUUGCUGCCGUUACCAUCGUGCCCCGCCAGUCCUUCAUCUCUCUGCUGUCAUCCCCUGAGUAAGGCGCACGCCUUGCAUUGGGCUCGCCCCAUCAGCCAUGGUCCGGAUGACUGCAGUGGCCAUGGGGCUGCCAGGGCUGCUGAAGCGGCGCCUGCUUCCACUGCUGCCGACUGCCUCCCUUCCCGCGCGCCCUUUCACCCUCUGGCGGCAGCGGAGCUCGUCUCAUCUUUCUGUCUGCUGAGUAUUUCCCGUGUCCCACUGCUGCCUUCUGCUUCUCUUCCUGUGCGCCCCUUCGCCCGCAGCCACAAUCACUUGCCCGUCUGUCUGCUGAAAGCGCGGCCCGUCUGUCUACAGCUGAGGAAUCUGCCGUCUGUCGUCACGCGGCUUCUGCAGGUGCCUUUUUCGUCCACCCUCGAGGCUUUCGGACAAAGCGAGGCAGGCCUCGGGAUUGUUGCCGUCAUGCUUAGCGCCCAGACCCCCGAACAAGUUGGCGGAGCGGAAUUCGACCCGACGGAUCCUUUCGCGAUUUUUGCGGCGGCACUGAGGGUGAAGAAUAGGGAGGCGGAACUUCCCGCCGACACCGACUCCGCGGGCGCUGUCUCCGCGCGGCCCGCCACCACUUUGGCCCCGCUGCCCCAACACCCGCCGGUGCGGUUCAACCAGGACUCCACGUUCUUCGCGUACGCAACGCACGGCGGCUUUCGCGUGUUCCGGUGCGACCAGCUGAAGGAGAUUCUGCGGCGCGAGUUUGAGGGGCGCGGCGUGGGCAUGGUGGAGAUGCUGUUCUCCUCCAGCUUACUCGCGCUCGUGGGCGGCGGUCCCAACCCGUGCUACCCGCCGAACAAGGUGCGGGGAGGAGAAGAGAGAGGUGUGAGGAGAUCUGGGAGCCCGAUAGCGGAAAAGAAGGUGAUAAUUUGGGACGACAAGGAGAGGCGGUGCAUUGGCGAGCUAGCCUUUUGCAGCGAAGUGAGGGGCGUGCGGCUGAGGAGGGACCACAUCGUCGUUGUGCUCGAGCACAAGAUCCUCGUGUACACCUUCCCUGGCCUGAAGCUAGUGCACCAGAUGGAGACGCCGUGGAACCCCACGGGGCUGUGCGCGGUGUCGCAGUCGCCCGACAACUUCGUCCUGGCGUGCCCAGCCAAGCGGCCGGAGGAUGCUCGUUGGGAUGGUGGAAUGAUCUGCGUGGAGCUGUUUGAAGAGCGCCGCGGGUACGUGCGCGGCGCAAGCUUCUCUCAGCCAGCCUGCAUGGCGCUUUCUCUGGACGGGAAGCUGCUGGCCACCGCCAGCAGCAAGGGCACGAUCAUUCGGGUGAUCAACACGGCGGAUGGGACGAGACUGCACGAGCUGCGCCGAGGAGUGGAGAGAGCAAACAUCUACAGCCUCGCAUUCUCCCCCAAGGCGCCCUUCCUGGUGGCUGCCAGGGUCCUUCCGGAGAAGUACUUCAGAGAGCGCUCGCUGGCCUUCUACCGCACCGGCGUGCACACGCACAUGCUCGCUGCCUUUGGUGCCGACCCAAACACCGUCAUCGUGGUCGGCAGCACUGGCGCGUAUUACAAGCUUCAGUUCGACCCACAAGCAGGCGGUGAAAUGAAACUAUUGAAUCAGGCUAACUUUCUCGCGACUGAAGAUGAGCAUUAA